AUGGGAGCAAACGCUCCCAAUGCGAUACCAGCGCCAGCUCCACCUAUAGUGCCACACAUGGCUCCACCACCAAUCCAGAAUCAAAUAAGCGUCUCCUCCUCUACCUCGGACCCACGGUCACGAGUGCAGCUAUCUACUAAUCACAGAGGGGCGCAAUCCAGACAGCAGCGUCAGCGCUCACUCCCACGGGGGAAUGCGUCACCACCGAGAGUCCCUCUCUUUAAUGUGGGAGAAGGCGAGGUAAACAGCGGAAUGUCCCGCCAAAACCUUUUCUCCCAACCAAAUAAUCAAAUGGGUGAAAGAAUGCCUCUCCCAACAAGACGCAGUCCCUUCACCAUACACAUUCUCAACGAGGCAUUACCUCAAGGAGUAAAGAUCUCGGUGUUACCACAAUUUGAAGGGACCACCGACCCACAUGAAUAUAUUGAGAAAUUCAGUGCCAUGGCGGACUUAUAUGGCCCGACGGAUGCUGCGAUGUGCAAGAUGUUCCGCACCACUCUAUCCAAGAGGGCAAUGAAUUGGUUCAACUCUCUACCCAUAGGGUCGAUUGACACCUUCGCUCGAUUGUCGACCCGGUUCACCAACCAAUUCGCUAUCAACAAACAAUAUGCCAAUACCCCAGCUCAUCUUUUCUCUGUAGUACAGAGAGAUAACGAAACGCUCCGCAACUACAUUAAACGUUUCGUAGAGGCCGUCCACGAAGUCCCCAGUGUGGGGCAAGACAUGCUCUCCGGGAUUAUGCAGCAGAACUUGAAGCCGGGUAGAUUCAAUAAAUCUAUUGCCGGAAGACCCCCAGGCAACCUAGAGGAGUUGAGAGGUUUAGCGGAGCCUCCACGUCCUAUGCAGCCGAAUGCAAAGCGAGAAAAGUCGGAUCGUUAUUGUCGAUUCCAUAAGGACAAAGGACAUACUACAGAGGAAUGUGCACAACUCAAAGCGGCAAUUGAGAGGCUGAUCAAACAGGGCCAUUUAGGCGAAUACAUCGAUAAGCCGCAAAAUAAACGCCGUGAUGAUCCUCCACGCCGAGAUAACAAUCCGGAUAAACAACAAAGACGAGAAGAUGGAGGUCAUCGACGUGACCUAGAUAACAAUGAUAACCAGCCUACUCGGGGAAUCAUCUCCUUUAUCUCCGGAGGACCGGCGGGGGGCGAUUCACAAAAUGCAAGACGCACCCUCGCUCGAUCAGCGCGCAUGAAUCAAGAACGUGCGUCUCCAUCCGCACGCAUAUAUCAAAUACGAAAACCUGAUCACAGCAUAGUCUUCAACUCCUCCGACCUCGAAGGUCCAGAUGAAGACCAUGUCGAUGCAUUGGUAGUAACAACAACGGUGGCCAACUUCUUGGUCAAGAAGAUAUUAGUGGACGGUGGAAGCUCAGCUGACAUCAUGUACCUCCACGCUUUAAGCAGCUGGGCAUAG